ACCAACGUCUUUUUCAUCGUCUCCGCAAUUUCUCAGCUAAAAUAAUGAGUGAUUCCGCCAAACGAUACUGCAUUAUGCCCUCGUGCAAGGGCGAAAAGAUGGACUUGGUGCACAAAUUCCCACGGAAUGACGAACGAGCUCGCGAAUGGCUCGAAAUCAUCAAUUUACCUGAAGUCUCGAGUAUCCCCCUGGAACAGUUGCGGAAAAGUAAAUUCAUUUGUACGAGACAUUUCGCCCCUGAAGCUUAUAAAAACUCAGAAUCACGUUCAUUGAACAUCAACGCAGUUCCUUCGAGAAACUUGGGUCGCCUAGAAACACUUGAACCCAUCAUCAAUCGUGAAAGACGAGCUCGACAUGGAUUUCCUGUGCCGACAAAUGAGGGAACCAAGCUGAAUUACUUUAACAACUUUAGUUUUUCUCAUGAACGUGCCGAAGAAAGAGAAACAAAGUGCCAUGUAAUUUUAAAUGAAGAUAAAAAAGACAAAAUUAAAAAGAUUGAAAAGCCAGAAGUCUUUGAAAUUGAAGAAAGUGAACCUGAAACAGAAAAAAUCGUUCUCGUAAGCAACAAUAAAAGAGUUUUAUCACAAAAUAUCGUCGUUUUGACACCAAUUAAACGUAAAAAAUUGGAAAAAUCUCCGAUAACUAAGAAAGAAAUUUUUUACGAAGAGUCUGAAGUCCAAAUUGAAAACUUACCAAUACAAGAUGAAGUGACCUCAAGUCAAAUUAUCGAAGAAAACGAACAAAUUCACGUACCUGAAGCUCCAAAACUGGACUUUAUCGAAAUUGAAGACGAAACACGAUUCCCCGGAGGCAUCAAACUAAAUUAUUUCUGGCUUCGGGAUCAUUGCCGGUGCGAAAAAUGUUACGACAAGGACACAUCUCAGCGAAAAAUGGCUUUGACUGACAUUCCUUUGGACAUUAAACCCUCAAAAUAUGAAAUUCAAGAGGAGAGCCUUCGAGUAAAAUGGCCUGAUGAUCAUGAAUCGUUCUACGAGUUAAAUUUCUUGUACAAUUAUCAGCCUUCCAUAAGGCGUCCCUUAUACGAGGAAUCCAAAUCCGUCUUAUGGACCUCCGAAAAUGUCUCGAAACUCGAUGUAGCCAAUGUUGAUCUCAGUGAUUUGCUUUGUAAUGACUCUGCGGUGAAAUCUGUCUUGGAAUCUCUCAUAAAAUAUGGCGUAGCGUUCGUAAAUAAAGUUCCUGCCACUCAACACAGCACCGAAAUGACCAUUACUCGCCUUUUUCCGUUGAUGAAAACGUUUUUCGGGGAAAUGUGGACCUUUUCCGACACCAAAGAUCAUCACGAUUUCGCUUAUACGAACAAUUAUUUGCCCGCGCACAAUGACAACACCUAUUUUAAUGACGCUGCUGGCUUACAAAUUCUUCAUUGCAUCCAGCAUCAAGGUGAGGGAGGGGAAAAUUUCCUCGUCGAUGGGUUCCAAGUGGUGUCCCAGCUGGAAAAAGAUCAUUUUGAGGCCUACAAUCGGUUAUGCAACUACCAAAUCCCUUCGGAAUACAUCGAGGAAGGACGAAAUCAUCGCCAUAUCGGACCUUUAAUUAAAUUAAAUCCUCUGACGGGCCAACCAGAGCAACUGCGCUUCAAUAUGAACGAUCGUGCGGUCCUCGAUACCAUUCCAUUCGACAAAAUUCAACAAUUUUACACCGAUUUUCAUCUACUUUCGUCUUAUAUUCAACGAAAAACGCACGAAUGGAAAUUCAAACUCAAUCCGGGAACAGUUUUGAUUUUUGAUAACUGGAGAAUUUUGCAUGGGAGACACUCUUACACCGGAAAACGAGUGAUGACUGGCUCAUAUGUGCUGCGAACAGAAUUUCUCAGUGCUGCACGAGUCGCUGGAAUUAUCCCAUAACGAUAGAAAAAAAUAGAAAAAUAAAUUAAUUUUAUUUUAAUGACUUUAUUCGGUCCAUUUAAUUUCAAUUUCUUUCAAAGACAACUUUAUUUUUCAUCUUAUAAAUAUUCAAUAUUUAUAUUUUUUUUUUGUUUAAUUGUUUUUUUUUCUUCAUGAAUCUCUUAGUAGUAGGUAGGUGUAAUUAGAUAGUAGGUAAUGUACAUUGUACAAGAAA